AUGUUUGAAACAAAGCUUUUGUUCUUGCAGUGCCACAAUGGACACACACUCUGUUCAAGCUAUAAAACAAGGGUACUCAACAAAUGUCCUACUUGUAGGCAGUACCUCGGUGAUAUAAGGUGUCUAGCUCUGGAGAAGAUGGUCGAAUCACUUGAACUGCAUUGCAAGAAUGAGGAGUUUGGAUGCCCUGAGAUCAUCCCUUACCACACCAAGCUCAUGCAUGAAGACUCGUGUAACUUUCAACCAUAUAGCUGCCCAUGGUAUGGAUGUCUGUGCUCUGUUGUUGGGGAUAUUCCACUCCUUGUUUCUCACUUGAUAGAUUAUCACAAGGCAGUCAUGCUCUAUGGCUGCAAGUUCAAACUUGAAUUUUUGAUAGAAGAUCUCUAUAAAUACCAAAGCUACAAAUGGGAUUUAACUAUCAUCAAUUGUUUUGACAAACCCUUCUGUCUCCAUGCUGAAGCCUUCCUUAUAGGGUCGACUCCCAUUUACAUGGCAUUCCUCAACCUGAUAGGCAACCAAGCAGAGAUCGACAACUACAGCUACAGCCUGGAGAUAGGUGGAAAUGGGCGGAAGCUUACUUUUGAGGGCAUCCCACGAAGCAUUAGAGAGAGUAAGAGGAGUAGCUUGGAGAGUGCGAACAACCUCAUUAUGUUGGGAGGCAUGGUGUUUUCCUUAGGAGGGGAGACAAGAAUGCCCAUGCUUUGGGUUACAGGUCGGAUAUGGAAAGCCCAGAUUCCAGGAUAA